UGUUUUCCUCGUGCGCCGAUCGCGAUGCAACACGGUGCUGCUGCACGCGAUAGUUGUUUUAGGUGAGAAAGAUGCGAUGCAGGUAAAAAUUCCCCACUGCAAGACUCCACAAAAUACUCGCCGAUGUGAUGUGUGUAGAGUGGCACUGAGGAAACUACGGAUUGUAGACCCGUUAUCUCUUCGGAAAACAAAAUCGACAGAAUCUUGCAGCGGGCGAUUCCAUUCCGCGGGGUGGGCGCGGCGGCUGGACACGGCUAAUUGGUCGGCCACCCCCGUCGUCGGGAGGCGCUGGUGAGCUCGUCCAAACAACGAGGAAUCCUGGGAUAUCGUCUGGCUGCGGCGAGUCUGCUGAGUGCCCAAGCGAAUCUCGGAAGAGCCAAAAAGUUUUGCGUAGUCCGGUCGAAGCCGCUGGACGAUAAUGUAAUGAUCGUUUCCGAUUUCCAGCGCGAAUUCGACGAGCAUGGAAGGAGACGUGAAUGGCACCACCAAGACUCUCGUGUUCAGGAGCGAGUGCUUUGCUUCCACGACGGCCGACGGCGAGCCCCCACGAAAACGCCAGCGGACUUCCGAAGACUUCAUUUCCUUCUGCAAGUUCAUCCUCGAGUACGAGAACUACGAGAGCAUCAAGCAGGAGGAAGAACUGCAAGAGAAGGACGCGGCCAGCCCUUCGGACUGCUCGGCCGACAGCGUCGACAGCGUCAAGCAAGAAGACAGCGAGCUUCAAGUUGGCAAACCCUUGGGCUGCCCUGCUGUGCUGCCCGAACGUGCCACUGUGCAGCCAACAAUGAGCCACGUGCUUUUAAUGCAGCCCGAUGCCUUGCGUGGGGGCUCUCUGUCCGAGGUACAAACACUGGCGGACGAAGACUCCGGCCUGAUCACUUGCUUCUGCCUGAAGCCAUUUGCCGGGCGGCCCAUGAUUGAGUGCUCCGAGUGCCUCACGUGGAUCCACCUGUCGUGCGCCAAGAUUCGGCGCAACAACAUUCCCGAUGAGUUCACCUGCCAGCGUUGUCGCGAGGCCAAGCACACAACGAGGCGCUCGCAGCGGAUACGCGCCGGUGGCACGACGCCGCCUCAGCGGCGGAGGCCCUCGACGUGACAGUGUUAAUGACGAGGACGACCGUGUGUGCGCGUGACGGUGCGGACCUAGGGGUCGUGCCGCGACAGCACUCUAGUCUUCUGCUCGGGCCCUCGUGGUGGCCGCUGUACAGACUUGCGGUGUGCCUCGAGGGCACGUUCCUUGCCUCCCCUCACGGGGGCAGGCCUCUCUGUGUGGGGGAGGAAGGGUCGACCCAGUGUGUGUGGUUGAGAUAAAAUGAGCUUGGCUGUUUGGCAUUUA